CUGGGCGCCGCGCUGGCGGACUGGCCGCUGUGGUACGCGGACUGGAUGGACGGACAGCUGGUGGAGAAGGGACGGCAGGACAUGCGACAGCUGGCACUGCGCCUAGCCUCGCUCUUCCCGGCCCUCUUCAGCCGCGAGAACUACGGUCGUUUGCGGCUCAUCACCAGCUCCAAGCACCGCUGCGUGGACAGCGGCGCCGCCUUCCUUCAGGGGCUGUGGCAGCACUACCACCCUGGGUUGCCGCCGCCCGACGUCGCAGAUAUGGAGUGUGGACCUCCAAGGAUUAAUGAUAAACUAAUGAGGUUCUUUGAUCAUUGUGAGAAGUUUUUAGCUGAAGUGGAAAGGAAUGCUACUGCUCUUUAUCAUGUAGAGGCCUUCAAAACUGGACCAGAAAUGCAGAACAUUUUAAAAAAAGUUGCAGCUACUUUACAGGUGCCACUAAAUGAUUUAAAUGCAG